UCAACAGAGGAUAAGGAGAAUUUAAUUCUAGAAUUCGGGCUUCAAAAGAUGAUUUUGGCAGGGAAUGUUUUGAAAGGCGAAGAGCAGAGGGAGACCCAGAAGCGUCGAGUAACUUUUAAAUGGCCUGGUGUUAAUCCAAAAACCGGCGGGACUCCGUCCGGUUUGAUGACCUCCCCGCUUGUCCGCUACUCGUGUAUUUAUCCUGCACCGCUAACAUGUUUUUCCAGAAGAUCCCCAUUUCGCACAAAGUGAUCGAAAAGAGGAGAAGAGACCGGAUCAACCGCUGUCUAAACGAACUCGGGAAAACCGUGCCCAUGGCUUUGGCCAAGCAGAGUUCCGGUAAGCUAGAGAAGGCGGAGAUUUUGGAGAUGACGGUGCAAUACCUGAGGGCCCUUCACUCCGCGGAUUUCCCUCGGGGAAGAGAAAAGGAGCUUCUAGCUGAAUUUGCCAACUACUUUUAUUAUGGCUAUCAUGAAUGCAUGAAGAACCUAGUUCACUACCUGACCACAGUGGAGAGAAUGGAGACCAAAGAUACCAAGUAUGCUCGGAUUCUGGCUUUCUUGCAAUCCAAAGCUCACUUUAUCACCGAACCUCUCUAUGCUUCUCUGGGAUCUCUUCCAGAAUCAGACUUUUCCUACCAGCUUCCUCCAGCUCCAGACUGCUUGGCUCAAGGCACAAACGAUCCUGUUUUCUCACAAGCGGCUGGGCAUGGUCACUUCUCCUGGCACGGUUCCACCAGAAAUCCCACCAUUCCUUACCUUCCCAAUACUGCCAUGCCCCUCACUAGUCCAGGACAACAGCGCAACACUUUCUUGCCAUCGGUACAAGGGCUGGAUCGCCACUACCUCAACCUGAUCGGCCAUUCCCACCCCAAUACAUUUAGCCUGCCUCCUAGCCAACAUCCAUCUGUGUUGUAGCUUACACCUGGGAUGCCCAGUUUGUUUUUCAAAGGGGGCUCACGUGUCUUUCAUGGCUGAAUUAGAGAACUGGAUGGUUUCUUCUGACAGGCUAUUCUUAAAGGCAAAGAACAUCUUUAAGACACCAUUAGUUAUCUGAAGAGAAUAUACAAUGGCCCUCCCAUCACUGUAAACACAUAUGUAACUAAUGGUGGGGAAAGAAUAAAGAUGAACUCCUGGGGGA